AUGUGGCCGUGGGGUAGGCAGCGGCGCGGGGGGGGUUACGAGAGCGUGCAGCACGAAGACCCCUCGCCCACCUUCCGCUCGCGCUACCUCCAGCAGCGCGCGCGCAAGUCCGCGCGCGCGCCGGGCGCUGGCGGCGUGCUCCGGUGCUGCUCGUGCGCGACGGUUGUGCUUGUAACGGUGAUCGGCGCGGCGCUGCUGCUGUGGCUGCUCGGUGUGAACCCGUUCAGCCAUGGAAGCACCCUGGUGUCCCGCAUCAAAGGCGCGCAAGGGGCGGGGGGCGCGCAAGGGGAAGGCGGAGAGGGGCUGACGGCGGAGGGGGAGUGGAACAGCGGCGGAGCGAAGGCGGGGGACUGGAUGGGGGAGGGGGGGGAGGGUGGCGCAGGGCAGCAGAAAUGGGGCGGGUGGGGAGCAGCGGGGGAUGAGAAACAGCCGGGUCAGACGCCGCCUGCACCAGAUCUACCCGGAUUCUUGAAUACCCGCCCCAUUCCCGACCCUGAUUUCCCCACGGACGAAAGUGGGUCGGAAGGCAGAGGUUCAGGGUUGACGCAUGGGGAGGAGGGGGACGGCGAGGGGGAGGGUGGUGGGGCGUAUGACACAGAGACAGGAGCGCGGAAGGGGAAAGGGAAAGGGAAGGGGAAGGGGAAGGGGAAGAGGAAACCGAGGUAUGGGGGAGGUCCGGAUGAUUGGGAUGAGGUGCAUGAACAGCUGAUCACAGAAGCAGAUACCAUUGCAGGGGAGGCUAGGCUGGCUGCUAAUGAGGCUGAAAUGGCUGCUGCUACUGUGGGGGAGGGCGGUGGGGAGAAGGCCGGGGGGAGGGGGAAGGUGGGGGGGCUGUCGCGGAGGCGGUAUGAGCCUGGGGAGGAGGAGGAUGGGGUGGAGUUGAGGGGGGCAGGGGGGAAGUUGAAUCGGAGGAAGAAGGAAGGGAAGCGCGCGGGGGAGGGGGGUGGGUGGGGGAAGAAGAAGAGGAAGAGGAGAGAGGAGGAUUAUGAGGAGGAGGGGAGGGACGAUGAGGACGAGGAGGAGGAUGGGGUGGACGCGGAGGCGAGGGAGGAGGAGGAGGAGGAGCGGGAGGAGGAGGCCGAGAUGGAAACGGACGGCCCAGAUGACUCCGACGACGAGGAUGACACCAGCAACACCUCCCGCCGGGGAGGGGGAAGCAUGCGGGGGCGCAGCAGCAUGCUGGCGCGGCGCAUCCCCGGCACGGGCGUGCGGGGGGAGGAGCAGGUGGGGCGCGUGCGGCGGCAGCUGGCGUGUUUGGCAGGGAGGGAGGGCGGGCGGUGGGCGCUCAACAGCACUCCCAGGUGGCUCCCGUGGGACCUCACUGCCUCGCGCCACCACCACUCGUCUCGCCACCCCAACCACCGCUCCUGCGAUCAACUCUGGGCCAAAGAGGAGGGCGGGGUGUACGGAGCAGCAGCAGAGAAGGCUCGGCGGCGGGGGGAUGCAACGCGGUGGCGGGUGAGGCGGGCGGCCCUCUACGAGUGGCAGUCGGGGGACGCCUCGUGCCCUCUGCUGCCCUUCCAACGCACUGCGUUCUGCCGGGCCGUGCGGGGGAGGAACGUGGUGGUGGUGGGGGAUGCAGGGGCGCUGGAUUUACACGAUGCGCUGCUGAAUCAUCUUGUGACUGCCCACACCCGCCGCAUUGCUGAGCCACUGGGAGACGCCUGGGCCAAUGCCACAGAGGGCGCAUGCUACGAGGCAGGCCACCCCCUCUGCACAGACGUGCGCCUCUCCACCUCCUCUCCCUCCUCCACCUCUUCCUCCGCCCGCUCCUCCCGCCUCCCCUCCUCCCACUCCCUCUCGCGCACUCGCUCCCGCACCUCCUCUUACACCGGCGGCCACAGCACCACAAGCAGGAGAAGCAAGCAGGGGGGCAUGAGCACCCAGCGGCAACGACAGCAGCGGGAGGCGAGGGAGGAGGAGGAGGACGACGAGGAAAGAUUCAGCCAGCAUGACCGGGAGGGGGUGGUGGAGGAGGAGGAAGAGGUGGCGGAGGGGAGAGUGGGCAGGCAGCUGCUGCGGUAUGGGGGAGGGCCGGAGGAGAGCGAAGUAGGGGAGCUGAGCAGAGGGGGGGUGGGGGAGGCGGAGGAAGAGGAGGAGGGCAGUGCGGGGUCAGCGGGCUUCAACAUGCGCGUGGUGCUCAACCCCUUCCUGUCCCUGGACACGGGGCGAGUGUCAGCUGUGAACAACCGCUGGGUGAAGAAGCUGCGGCGCUGGCGCACUGGGAUCCUCGUGCUCUCCCGCACCGCGCGAUACAAGAGCAAGCGCACGCUACUAAGGGAGCUGCGGGCCACACUGAAAGCGGUGAGGCAGAGGCAUCCCAACCUGCUCAUCAUCUGGCGCAACUCCCCAGCGCCGCAUGAUGACUGCGACGACGCCACGCUGCCCCUCCGCCGCCGCCCCCUCGCCUCCUCCUCUCGCCACCGCGAGAUGAACGAGAUCGUCAAGCCGCUGCUCGAGGAGUACGGAGUGGUGUACAUGGAUGUGGAUGCGGCCACCUCUCUGCGCCCCGACGGGCACCAUGUGAGGAGGGACGGGUCGGUGGACUGCCAGCGCUACUGCAUGCCCGGCCCGCUCGACCAGUGGGUGCACCUGCUCUUCAACCACCUCCUCCUCCUCAACCGCCACUCCCCCCUGCCCUCCCGCUCCCCUCAAUCCCACGCCGCUGCUGCUGCUGCCUCUACCCCGCAGGCUGGUUUGGGUGGGGGAGCGAGUAGGGAUGGUGUUGGGGAGAGGGGUGGGAAAGGGAGUGGGGAGGGGAGUGGAGAGACGGAUGGAAGUGGGGGUUCUGCUGUGGGCGCAAAGGGGACGGACGAGGGUUUAGGGGGUAGAGGUGGGAGCACCUCUGAGAGUGGUGGUGCUGAUACUGCUAGUGCUGCUGGUGCUGCUGAUGGUGGUGAUGGUAGUGGUGAGAGAGGGGUAGUUGGAGGGGACGGGAUGGGCAGUGGGAGUGAAGGAAAGGAGAGUGUGGAGGGGAGAGGAGAGGAGGGCGAGGAGGGGAGGAAAGGGGAGGGCGAGGAGGGGAGGGGAGGAGAGGGCGAGGAGGCAAAAGAAGGAGAGCGUUCAGGAGUUGACGUGGCGGAGGGAGGAGAUGGUGGAGGGAAGAGGGGUGGAGAGGGCGAGGGUGGGGAAGGCGAGGGGGAGAGGGUAGGAGGGAAGGGAGAGAGUGAGGAAGGUGGUGAGGUGAGAAGUAGGGGAGGCGAGACUGAGGGGGAAGAGAGUGGGUUGGGCGGGAAGAAGGUAGAUGAGGGGACGUUUGAGAGGGGGGAGGAGGAGAGCGGAGGGGAGGUAGGUGGAGAAGAGGAGGGAGGUGAGGGAGGAGGAAAGAGUGGAGGGGACGAGGAGUUGGGGGGAAAGAAGGUAGAUGAGGGGACGUUUGAGAGAGGGGAAGAGGAGGGUGAGAGUGAGGAGGAGGGGGAGAGUGAGGGAGGAGGAAAGAGCGGUGGGGAUGUGGAGUUGGGAGGAGAGAAGGUGGAUGAGGGGACGUUUGAAAGAAAGGAGGAAGGCGAGGGCGAGGGUGAGGGUGAAAGGGAGAGUGGGGGGAGAGGGGAGAGCAGAGGAGAAGACGAGCUUGGAGGGGCGAAGGUAGAUGAAGGGACGUUUGAGAGGAAGGAGGAGGAGGGCGAGGAGGAGGGCGAAGGGGAGAAGGAAAGUGAAGGGGAUUUGGGCGGAGGUAAGGUGGACGAGGGAACGUUUGAGAGAAAAGAGGAGGAGAGUGACGGAGAGGAGGGCACUAGGAAGGAUGAGGAGGGGGCGCAGAAGAGGGGUGCGGAAGGGGAUGGGGAGCUGGGAGGGGCACAGGUGGGAGACGGCACGUUUGAGAGGCAGGAGGAGGGCGGACAGGAGGGAGGAGAGGGAGAGGGCGAGGGAGAGAGGGAUGGAGAAGGCAAGAAGGGGAGUGGGGAGCUGGGCGGAAUGGAGGUGGGCGAUGGGACAUUUGAGCGGAGUGAGGAGGGGGAGGGAGGGGAAGAGUCUGGUGGAGGGGGUGAGGGGGUGGGAGGCGGUGGUGGUGAUGCUGGCCGUGGGGGGAAGGGGCAGAGCGGAGGAGAUGGAGAGGGGAAUGAGACGAGGACCACAGAUGAAGCAACAGCAGCCGCAGCAGCAGCAGAGAGUGAAGGUGGGCAGGAAGGGGGGGCGAACCCCAUGAUGGAUCACAUUCCCGGCAGCAUGGUGAGGGGCAGGGCGGCAGUGGAGGCGGUGCAUCGGGCGCUGGAGUGUGUGGUGAGGGACGGGCGGUGGAAGGCGAAUGAGGAGAUGCGGGUGCUGCCGUGGAGCCGCAGCCCCAACAGCGACCCGCAGCUGCCCAACUACGCCACGUGUGACGUGCUGCACGAGACCGAGGCGGGCGGGGUGAUGGGCGAUGUAGCAGACGAGAUCGUGCGAACCAACGGCAGCCCGGCGGACUGGAAGGUGCGCCCAGAGCUGCUGUUCGACUGGAAGCCGGCCACGGGGCGCGGGUGCCCGCCCUACGUGCCGUUCACGCGCGAGAAGCUGUGUCGCCUGCUGGCCCGCCGCAACGUGGUCAUGGUGGGCGACGGCACGCAGCUGCUGCUGCACGACGUGUUCCUCAACAACAUGUACUCGCUGCAGGCGGUGGACCACAUGGGCAACCUGGAGGAUGCGUGGGAGCGAGACGGCGAGCCAGACUGUGCGGACGAGGGCCACACCCUCUGCUCGGACGUGAAUCCAAGCGGCACCUUCACCGUCCGAGUGGUGCACAACAACCUGCUGUCCGCGGACCUACCGGGCGGCGGCAAGUACAACAAGCGGUGGAUCAAGCGCCUGCUGGCUUGGAACGCGUCCGUGGUGAUCAUCAACAAAGGAGCCGAGCUGCGGCCCAGUGCGUCCAAGCGAUACGUGGAGACCCUAAGGGACACGAUGCAGCUGCUGCGGCGGCUGGCUCCCGACGUGCUGGUGGUGUUCCGCAGCACGUGGCGCGGCCAUGUGGACUGUGGGCGCGCUGAGGGGCCGCUCAAGGAAGUACCGGGCAAGGGCGGGGCCACGCUGCCGUGGGACUUUGCCAUUGAACAGAACGCUGCUGCUCGCGCCAUCAUGAAGGAGUAUGGUGGGGUGUAUCUAGACGUAGACACGCCCCUGUCGAUGCGCCCGGACGGCCAUCUGCGCAAGCUGAGUGGAGCCAUGGACUGCUACAUGUACUGCGUGCCGGGGCCACUGGAUAUCUUCAUGCGCUCGCUGCUCAACAUGCUGCUCUGGGUGGACGCGACGGUGAUCUGGCAUCCGCUGACGGCGGGCGAGGCGGGCGCGCUCAAGGCGCUGGUGGCGGCGGACUGGGAGUACCGCGUGCGCCUUGCGCCCAACCCCUUCUCCGCCGCUCCCCCGCCCCAAGGGCACGUCAUCGCAUGGGGCCGCGCGCGUUGUCUUGCGGCAGCUGGCUUUCGCGACUCGCUGCACCUCCUCUUUGACGCGGGCGGCAGGCUGAUAUCGGCCCAUGUGAAAGCACAAGCUGACUGCUCUCCAGCCGCCACUGCUGCUCUCGAUGUCGAUGCGGUGAUGGCGGUGCCUCUCAUCGUACUCAACUCUGACGUCACCAUCCAUGCCAGCACCAUCGCCCAACGCCUGCCUGUGCGCAGAGCCCCAGUGGGGGGAGCGGCGGUGGGGGCGGGGGGGGCAGCAGGGGGGGGCGUGGGCGGAGAGGAGGACCCCAUGGCGCCCCCAGUGCCGCCCAAGACGUUCUGGCAGAAAUAUUGGGUGUUCAUCAUGGCGGGGGGUCUGCUUGUGCUCAACGUCUUCACUGCCCUCGCUGGCCCCGAUGCUCCCCCCGCCGCUCAAGGGGGGGGUGCUGGGGGAGGGGGAGGAGCACGGCGUGGGGGAGGGGGAGGGGGAGGGGGAGGAGGAGGGGGUGGAAGACGGCCGUAG